CCAACUUGACGAUGGAAUCGCCCUUUCGGACUCUCUCCACGCCGAGCCCCAGUAAACGAGGCCGGCCCGUUACGUGGUUACUGGUCCAAUGAUGAAGCUUGAGCUGGUGCCGGGACCCAAAGCAUGUACAUACCACGGAUUACUGUGUACAACGCGCUCUCGGGUGACAAGCUUGCUUAUUCGGGCGAUGGCGGCCCACCCCCCUGCUAGCCUGGGUCCAGCUGGGCAUUUCGGAAAGACCAGGCUUUUGAGACACGCAUGACCCAGGUCACGGCACAUCCCAUCUCAUUAAUAACUAUGGGAUGCCGCGCCGUACUCCUUUAUGGGACCAAGGCGGAUCGCAGCUCCUAUUUGUACCCUCGCGAUCUCGGUCAGAACCCCCCUCUCCCCCAAGUACCUGCCCACGCCGUCAUUCUCAGGUCAUUUUCACACCGGUGAAUCCCUUCACUGAGCCGCUAAGAUGGAGGGCCUGACGCUGAUCCUGCUUUACCUGGCUAUCCCGAGCCUUCUCUUCUCAGCCAUCAGGCAGAUCGUGUCAUGGAGAAAGAGUAUCGGAUCCAAGGCUAAGUUCCCGGGGCCGCAACAGUUUCCCAUCGUGGGCCGCGUUCAUGACCUCCCCCGGUUCUCGUUAUGGUUGAAAUUCAAGGAAUGGGCCGACGAACACGGGCCGAUCUACUACACCAGAGCACUCAAUCAACCGUUCAUCGUCGUCUCAGACGAGAAGAUCGCCGAGGAACUGCUGGUCAAGCGAGGCCAUAUCUACUCGGGCCGGCCGCAGAUCCGCUCCCUGAUCAGGCACAAGGAGGGGCCGGCAUACUCGGCCUUGAUGGACCGCCAUGACAUCUGGAAGGCGCAGCGCAAGUGGGCGCACGCGGCGAUGGCGGAGGCCUACAAGCACCACUUCUACGGGCACGUCGAGCGCGAGAUGAAGCGGUACCUGGGGCUGCUCCUGCUCGACCCAGCCCGGUUCCUGGACUACACGCGCGAGUACUGCGGGCGGGUCAUGUCGCGGCUGGCGUGGGACGACGCGACGCAGGGGCGCACCAACGGCGACAGCGCCGACCAGACCCUGCACUGCAUGAGCGUGUCGGGCCCCCUGACCAACACCCUCACCCCGCUGUGGUACCUGCCCUCGUUUGCGAACCCCUGGUACAACUACGAGAUCGAGCGCGAGCGUGUCCAACGUGCCUGGUGGCUGAAUAACUUCCGCCUGGCCAAGCACCGCAUGAAGAAGGGCGAGCUGCCGGACGACACGUGGGCGUACCGGUACUUUGAGCAAGUGAAGAAGGAGGGGAAUGAGGGGCUUGAUCAGGCUGAGGAGCAGGAGGUGUUUGCGAGCUGCAUGAUCGGGUUCUUGAAUCUGGUUGGGGUGGUGACCAUCAGCGGGCCGCUCAAGUUCUUCCUCAUGGCCAUGGCGCUGCACCCGGAGUGGCAGAAGAAGGCGCAGGCCGAGAUCGACCGGGUAUGCGGCGACCGCAUGCCGACCAUGCAGGACUUUGCCGACCUGCCCACCGUCAGGGCCUGCAUGAAGGAGACAGUGCGGUGGAGGUCAGGGGUACCGCUCGGUGUUCCCCAUCAGGCAGAACGUGACGACGAAUACCGUGGUGUCACCAUCAAGAAGGGUACCAUCGUGCUCGCAUGCGAAUGGUCCCUCAACCGCGUGCCCUCCAAAUACCCCGACGGCGACAGCUUCCGCCCCGAGCGCUGGCUCGAAGCCGGAUGGCCGACCUUCCAAGCGCCCCUGUCACGCUACCCCAACUUCCGCGAGGGCCACUCGAUGCACAGCUUCGGGUGGGGGCGGCGCACCUGCCUGGGCCAGAACAUCGUCGACGACGAGACCUUUGUCUUCGCGGCCGCGGUGCUGUGGGCUUUUAACUUGGGACCCAAGGUCUGUCCGCGCACCGGUGAGCCGGUGCCGAUUGAUACGCAGGCGACGAAUUCCCAUGUGAUUUUGGAGCCGAGUCCGUAUCAGAUUAGUAUUAAGGUGAGGGGGGAGGAGAGGGGGCGCCAGGUGCUGGAUGGGUAUCAUCAGGUUAUGGGCGAGUUGAGGGUGUGA